ACAAGCAAUGAAAGAAGCUGGAUUUGUAGCUGGUGGUAACAUGCAGAGUAAAAUUGCCUUCAGGCCUACUUGUGCUGGUAAAAAGGAAGAAGCAACUGAGUUUAUGUAUCAAAUUGAAGCAUCAAAUGGUGCUUUGGAUUACAAGGCAUGGGUGUCUUUAAUUGAAAAUGGCAUUGUCUUGCUGGGGAUCUUGAAAAAGCUUCUGAUUGUUUCCAAAGGAUGGUUGGGAAGGAGGGUGUCCCUAAUGCUGGUUAUCCCUUUCAACUGUUAAUAAAUGCUUAUUGUGACAGGAACAGAGCAGUAGAUGCAUGCAAGCUUCUUCAAAAUUAUGUUGGGGAGAAUCAGUUAAAGCCAUGGCAUUCUACUUACAUUGUUUUGAUAAGGAAGUUACUGGUUCAAGGUGGAUUUAAAGAUGCUUUGGACACUUUGGGUUUGAUGAAAGAAGUUGGAUUCCCACCUUUUGUGGAUCCAUUCACCAAGUAUGUAUCAAAAUCUGGAAGUAGUGAAGGUGCUAUUGCUUUUGUGAAGGUCAUGACUUCUAAGAGGUUUCCAUCUACUUUGGUAGUUCUCUGUGUUUUUAAAGCUUUUUUCAAACCUUCAAGGCAAGCUGAAGCACGAGAUUUGCUGUCCAAAUGCCCAUGUUACAUUUGUAACCAUGCAGAUGUUUUGAAUCUUUUCUGCUCUAUGAAAUCAGGUGAAAGUGUUCAUGCUGCUCCAAUGGUUGCUUAGGCUUCAUUGGAUUGUAUUAGUUAUUAUACUCUGGUGGGGUAAUUUAAUAUGAAAUUUGUUCAAAAGUUUUGCCAAGGAAUUCUCUCAUCUAUACCAUGUCCAUUUGGGAAUUUACAUCUUUCAUCAAUGUCAAAUUUUCAAUGGAUUUAAUGUUUCUGUUGCCUUUUUCUUAUUCUGUAAUUCUUGCAUAUGGCUGUCAAAUGGUAGAUGUGAGCAUUGUGACGUAAGUGCAGUCUAUCGUUUGUCUUUGUUCUUUCUCUUCAUAAGUUCAGUACCAUGAACUUGCAUGAUAGAUAUGUAUAUGCUAUCUCAAAGUUCUUGCUAUCAGAUAGACUACUACUUCAGUUUAAUUUGUUUUCUAACUUCUAAGUUUCAUCAUUGUUUUAAUUGUUACAUCCACUCAUUAGUUAUCAUACUGUACAUUAUUUCUAUAUUGGUUGUUGUCUUGGAUUUCUGUCCUACAGGAUCAUCACCAGGGCUAAUCAAGUUUGUCAACUUGU